AUGAGUGAUUGGUCCCUCACGUUUGCGCGUGGCCCAGGCGUCGUGGAGGAGGCCAAGUUCCUGGAAUCUCAGGCGUAUCAGAAGGACAAAAGAGUCUUCGGUUUUGUGAAGGAUUGGGUCAGCUUCAUCUACGACAAGGUCCAGCUGUUCCUGAUUACGCCAUUGCUGUGGCAUUACGCCGUUGGAGUUUUUGGAGAGGAGGCGGAAUAUAGCUGCACCCUCUUUUGGCUCUUCCUCUUGCAGUGGGUGGAGAAGCCGAUCAGCAUUCCUUUCUCGCUCUAUUCCAACUUCGUGGUGGAGGAGAAGCACGGCUUUAACAAGAUGACAGUGAAGCUGUUCAUCACGGAUCUCAUAAAGAGCGAGAUUCUGACCUACAUCUUUGGAGGUUUGCUAGUGCCCAUGCUGAUUUGGAUCGUGCGAUACUUUGGCGCAGGUUUCUACCUGUAUUUGUGGGGCUUUGUGCAGUUCCUUAUAAUGGCCUUCAUGUGGAUCUACCCCAACUUUAUUCAGCCGCUCUUCAAUGAGUUCCGGCAGCUUCAGGAUGCCUCGCUCAAGGAGAAAAUCGAAGCCUUGGCUGCCGAGGUGAGCUUCCCCUUAACGAAGCUCUUCGAGAUUGACGGCUCCAAGCGCUCAGGGCACUCCAAUGCCUAUUUCUUUGGCUUCUGGAAGUACAAGCGAAUUGUCCUCUACGACACCUUGCUCCACUUGAAGCAUGACGAUAUCUUGGCCAUCCUUUGUCACGAAUUAGGUCAUUGGAAAUUCGGCCACACGCUGAUGAAUUUGGUGAUUAGCUCGGCACACACUUUCGUGCUAUUUUGGCUGUUCGACCUGGUGAUGUAUUCGGAGGACCCACUGCCCUUCUCGCCCUCCUACACUCGAAUGGAGGAUGUCCAUAGCAUUUCGCAGCAGUCGAUCUACAAUGCCAUUUGUGGGACCAGUACGGCGGCUGAGUGCAAACAGAAGCAUAUUCGAAUCUUGAUUUUCGUCAUAGCAGAGGCCGCGCACUUCAGCUUAAUCGCCGACCUGGUUGAGGAUCUCAUGAAUGGCAUCAUCAGUUCCUUGUCGUUGACCCAGAUGGACGAGCUGAUCCACAGCUACGGUGCCCUGCGCAAAGCCUCGGGCAAGCGCCACACGGGGCAGCUGGUCAUCGAGACGGAAGAUGUGCAGCGGCACAUGGCGGAGUUUCAUCGUGAGCUCUGCGAGAGUUUCCCCCACUUGGAGACGGGAGACGAGGGUGUCAAAGAGACGAGGGUGUGA